CAACCGACAACAUCAACUCUUACAUUGACUGAGAGCCUAUAAAUUUCUUCAUCAGCUUCCCAUUUGUGUAUAAUUAGUAUUCAUUUAUCUCAACGUCAUUUUCUUUAUAAAUUCAAACCACCCAGAGGUCGGACGGCACGAGCCACUGGGGAUUGAGAAGGCUGUAAUGGAGGUGAGCAACAGGUUCAUUACAAUAAAGAAUCAUGUAGAUGGUGCACCCAAAGAGUCCGACUUUGAGAUAAAGGCUGCUGCUCUUCCUCUGACACUUCAGCCUGGUUCCACUGAUAUUAUUGUGAAAACUCUUUAUGUAUCAAUUGAUCCUUACCAGUUAAACCGCAUGAAGACUGCCAGCUCCUCUCAGGGCACAUCAAGUUAUUCGGUUGCCGUUAAUCCUGGCGACACUAUAGAUGCUUAUGGUGUGGCCAAAGUUGUUGUUUCUGGGAAUCCACAUUUUGAGAAGGAUGACUUGGUAGUAGGGAUUUUCUCUUGGGGAGAGUAUUGUGUAGUGAAACCAGGUGGAAUGAUAAGGAAAUUUGACCCCAUGGGAUUUCCAUUGUCUUACCAGGUUGGAGUUUUAGGGUUUAGUGGACUUACCGCCUAUGCUGGAUUCUUUGAAGUAUGUAAGCCCAAAAAGGGAGAUAAAGUGUUUGUAUCUGCUGCCUCUGGAUCUGUUGGACAUUUGGUCGGACAAUAUGCAAAACUCUUCGGUUGCUAUGUGGUGGGCUCUGCCGGAAGCAAGGAAAAGGUGGCAGUGCUAAAAGAGAAGCUUGGUUUUGAUAAUGCAUUCAACUACAAGGAGGAAACUGACUUAAAGGCCACUCUCAAGAGGUACUUCCCUGAUGGAAUUGACAUAUAUUUUGACAAUGUGGGAGCAGAAAUGCAAGAAGCGGCAGUUGCCAACAUGAACGUUUUUGGUAGAGUAGCAGUGUGUGGAAUAAUCUCUGAAUACAUAAAUGGUGGCAGAAGGGCUGCACCUGAAAUGCUAGAUAUUGUGUACAAGAGAAUCAAGAUGCAAGGGUUUUUAGCCGCUGAUCACUUUGAUGUACAUGGAGAUUUCAUAUCAACAACUUGUGACCACCUCCGAACUGGCAAAAUUCAUCCACUCGAUGACAUUUCCACCGGCGUAGAGAGCAUCCCCUAUGCUUUCAUUGGACUUUUUCGAGGCCAUAACAUUGGAAAGAAGAUGGUUCAAAUUGCAGAAGAGUAAAAUGAAUUAAGACUUAUUUAGUUUAUCCAGAAAUAAACAUCCCACCAGUUGCUGUUGCUGUUGUUUCUAUCAUAUUUUAACGAUUGUCAUAGCAAAUUUCCAGGCUAUCAAGUUAAUUGUAUUCACAUAAAGAAUGAUGGAAUCUGAUGUCCAUCCCAGUUAGUAAUAUUAUAAUACAUUUCAGCUUAUUUGUUGUAGGCCAAUGUAUUGUGUCUCUACAGAAAAAAUUGCAAUUUUAACUCUCUGCAUCUC